AUGUCUGACCAGAACAAUACUCCUUCCCCUUCUCCUCCACACCGGCGUCGAUCCUCCUUUGUUGAUCUGUUCAACCCUCGAUUGAACACCUCUGCUGCCGCUGUCUCGUCUUCUCCUCCCUCAGCCACUAUGUCUGCUUCUCCCAGCGUUCCACAGCAGAGAAGAGGCACCUCCAUCACCGCUCUUGGCUUGACGACAAACCCCUCCCACCAAUCCUCCCCUUUCACCGCGUUCCAACGCCAGCGACGGGCAAGUAUCGCCACUUCCUCCGCCGCGAGCUCUCCAGAUUUCAAGAACAGCUUUGGAGAUGAGCCAGCUGUCAUUGAAGAGGAUGAUUCAACUCGACAAUCACAGAAUUCUCCAUCCUCACCUUCUUUUGCCAGACGGGUCAGUUUUGGGGCACAAGCAUUACGAGACGUGCGAAUGGGAGGGAGCCCAGGUGCUUCUGGCGGUGGUAGGCGGCCCUCCUCCCUUUUUACUCUAGAUGAGAAUUCUGAGAACGCCACUCCAUCACGUCAAACUGCGUCGGGGACGGCCAAGACUGCAGGAGAAGGCUUCAAUUGGUCCGAGGCUCUCCGUGAACGAACAAAACGUUCCCCAUCAUUCUCCUCAGGCAACCCAUUCGCUCAAGGAACCGCUCGUCCUCGUUCUGCCAGCAUUUCCAAUCCCGAACCACCCAAGGAAAUCCCCAAGCCCGUUGACCACGGCACCAGAAUGAAAAAGCCAGAUCCCCUCGGUGAAAGAAUGCUUCGUGGUGAUUUUAUGAUGGACUGA